UUGUUGUAGUGCUUUGAGCAGAGCUCAGAGGCAGACAGCAUGGGUGCAGCGCGCAGGACCGCUCCACCAGCUCUAUCCAUGUAGCCCGCCGACGCGAUCGCUCAAACACACACACACACACACGCACGCACGCACGCACGCACACGCGCCCAACAGCCUAGCCAUCUCGUUUUGGGUUUUUUUUCUUCUUCUUCUUCAGGGACAGAAAGGUGUACUUCAGAGGCGGAAACCAAUUUUUAGAUUAUUUUUCCAAACUUUAGUUGGCUCCCAGCAAAUCUUCGGUUCUCUGCCGGUCCGCUCGCCUGCCACCACCCCAUUCCUCGCCCGGGCCGGCGGGGCGGUGGGCGGCGUCGCCCGCAGGGCUGCAUGCAUGACACAGCGCCGAGGCGAGAAGCCCACCAUCAGCAUCCAGGAGCACAUGGCCAUCGAUGUGUGCCCGGGCCCCAUCCAGCCUAUCAAGCAGAUCUCUGACUACUUCCCCCGCUACCCACGGGGUCUCCCCCCCACAGCGCCCCCGGCCCUCGGCCGAGCCGGCUCCCUGCGCUCCUCCGCCUCGGCCGGACGCAGUCCAGAGGGCCCGGCCACUCCCGCCGACAACCUGCGCAGCGACGAUGAUGACCUGGACCGAGCCUUCGGCGCCAGCUCCGCCUCUGCGUUCCUGCCGCCCAGCAAGAAGGAGGAAGAGCCCGACGUGGAGGGUUACGACUCAGACGACUCCACCACCCUGGGCACGCUGGAGUUCAGUCUGCUCUAUGACCAGGAGAACAACGCUCUCCACUGCACCAUCAACAAAGCCAAGGGACUCAAACCCAUGGAUCACAAUGGGCUGUCAGAUCCUUAUGUCAAACUGCACCUGCUGCCUGGAGCCAGUAAAGCCAACAAGCUCCGCACCAAGACACUCCGCAACACCCUGAACCCGGUCUGGAGUGAGACCCUGACCUACUAUGGCAUUACCGACGAGGACAUGGUCCGCAAAACACUCAGGAUUUCGGUGUGCGACGAGGACAAGUUCCGUCACAACGAGUUCAUCGGCGAGACCCGCAUCCCCCUGAAGAAACUCAAGCCCAAUCAGACCAAGAACUUCUACAACUGCCUGGAAAAGCAGCUGCCUAUCGAUAAGACGGAUGACAAGUCCCUGGAGGAGCGGGGCCGGAUUAUGAUCUCAUUGAAGUACAGCUCACAGAAGUGCGGCCUGGUGGUAGGCAUCAUCCGCUGCGCCCACCUGGCUGCAAUGGACGCCAACGGCUUCUCCGACCCGUACGUCAAAACAUACCUGAAGCCAGAUGAAAACAAAAAGUCAAAGCAUAAAACUGCUGUUAAGAAGAAGACCCUGAAUCCAGAGUUUAAUGAAGAGUUCUUCUAUGAGAUUAAGUAUACCGAACUCAGUAAGAAAACCCUUGAGGUGACCGUUUGGGACUAUGAUAUUGGCAAAUCCAAUGAUUUUAUAGGUGGAGUUUCUCUGGGCAUCAAUGCCAACGGGGAGCGUCUCAAACACUGGUUCGACUGUCUCAAAAACAAGGACAAGAAAAUCGAGCGGUGGCACACGCUCACCAAUGAACUCCCGGGUUCGGGCUUUAACGACUGAGAAUUGCCAAGCCAGGGACCACUGCCACCCCACCACCCCUCAGCCCCACCACCCACCCUCUUAAUGUGCUAUGUCAGCUUGGACGCAGCCUUGAAUUGGCCCCCUCAACACUGCAAUGGUUUUAUGGGUCAGAGAUUGGACCCAAUAGGACCUCCCCCUGUCUCCAAACCUGUCUCUUUACGUACCUUCCGCGAUGUUGACUUUGCUGUUUGGCUCUGUGACUUAUAUAAGGGUCUUUGGUCAGCAUGUGUUCAUUCAAACGUGCUGAAUACAGAGUGGUGUGGCUCUCACAAAUGGCAGAGGGUCGGUUUCCCACCAAUCACCUGUGUACAAACAUUUAAACAUACUCUUAAACCUGCUGAUCCUUCUACUGUCUUGGCUCUCUGAUGUUUAGUAUGUAUUCAAAGAUGCUGUUUACACGAACCAUCAAUGGAUGCUGAUAUCACAAAUGUACAUAUUGUUACCAUGGGGGCUUUAAAUAGAUCGUUUUAAGAAAAAAGGAAUUCCUUGAGAGUUUUGGUCAAGACACCAUCUACUGUUUACAUCUAGAAUACAGUUGAAAACUCUAAUGCCUAUCCAAUAUAUUUAGGGCAAAACAAUCUACACAUAUUACUAACAUAACCGUGAGGAUGUUACCAUUCACGCAUUAAGACUGGGGGUUGGGGGAUGAAAUUUAGCAGUUAUUCAUUUUAUUUUAUUUUUUUCUCAACAGUUUUGCUUUUAUACUCCUUGCUUUUAAACCCAUGUGUGUGUUGAUGAAUGUGCUUUAUUCAGCCAUCCUUAUCUGCACCAACCCUGACAAUAUCCAGGUUGGAGUGAUGCUGAAGAAGUGAUGGACCAUCUUCUGUCCUGUUUACAUAUGAAACACAAGCAAUGCCUACAGAAGAGGAAUUGUGCUAUAAAAAGGCUCAUUCAUUAUAGUAUUGGUCAGCUGACUCAUUAUGGUAAGUGUAUGGUAAACUUUCUGUAGAUACUGGCAGAACUGUCUAUUGAUCAAACAAAACCUUUCAUAUCUAUACCGAAAUAUUACUAAGGGAAAUUAUUGUAUGGUCUAAAAAAAUGGUUGAUGUCAUAUUGAAUGUGUGUAAGGAGAAGUCAGUAAGAAAAUCACUAGCAUAAUGAAAUUUGAAGACAUCAUGUAGGUUUAUUUUACAGAAUUUUCUUUAAAACAUUUUUGCCAAUAAAUUGAUCUAAUAAUAACUAGUUUUAAUUUGUAACAUAUUUAGCAUGCAGUCAGUGGUCUUUUUAGUUGUAUUACUGAGCUUUAAUCUAUAUUUAUUUUCAGCGUUUGUUUUUAAAGGUAGUAUUUCUGUUUUUGUGUAGUACACUUUAAAAUGUUACGUAAUCUAGCAUUGACUAUGGCUAGUGGCCAUCCAUUUUCAAGUAGUUUUUAGGAUCCUAAAGAUGUUAUUUUCAUAUGGCCCAGAUAUGUGGAACUGAGGUUUUAGUAUGUAAGUCUUACUCGGUGAGGCAAACCUUCUCUCUAUGAAAGCACUCAGUGCAACAGCCAGGCUUGUGACAUCUUUUGUAAUCUGUCUGCCUUUGUACUCAAAACUCUACAGCAUAAAAAUUGCAUGCAAUGUUCUUAAAUCGUCAUUAAACUGACUUUGCUCAAUGUCAUUUAAUUGACUUUGCUUAAUGUUUGAUACUGCUGGUCUCUUCUGUAAAAAAGAAAUGAUGCUUUAAGAAUGUCAGUCUUUUCUUCUUGGACGUUUUUUGUACCUUUGAACGCUGUCGCAUUGCCUGUCAUGCUUCUCUAUUGACCGGAGAUGAGAUUGCAUGUAACAAAAAAAUGUCUUGUUCUGUUUCUUCCUUUGUUCCUUUUUUUAAGACUCAGGCGAUUGUUUGCAUUUUAGUGGUUCUCUGAUGAAAUUGAUAUAUUCCUACUCCUAAUUCACCUUAACUCUUGCACCGAAUGGCCGAUUUGUCGUGCCUUUUCUUUUGUAUUAGUGUGGUUUUUGCACCGCUCACUUUACAGAGAUUCCUAGGUGGAUAUUAGCUUUUAAUAUGGAAACUAUAUGAUAUGACAUUUGACAUAUUUAUAUUCCUGUCUGUGUUCUACUGUCAGAAUAUCGUAUCACUGAAUAUACAACUCAAUGACACAUUAUUAUUGGUGUGUCUUACACUGUGUGACUGUGUUGGUGGUGGCUAGGGUGCAGGAUUGAGGUUAAGAACACUGAAUCAAAGAAACUUCAGGUUCUGGUUUCUGCUGUUUAGUAACAUUACACUUUGCUCUAAAGACACACUAAGGUCAGCUGUAUAUGUGGAAAUACAGAACCCAUCACAUGCACACCUAUACGGAUUCUUACACUUGACUGUUUAAUAAAACAAAUUAUUAAUUUACUAAAACAUUUCAAAUCACAGAUCUCAUAGACACCUGGGGCAGACGUUUAGGCAACUGACAACAUUGUGAUCAACAUAUUAAAACCAGAAUCUGUCGUUUUCUUUAUGUCCCUUUUGAAAAUUCAAGUAUUAUAUCUCAAGUGUGUUUUUUACUCUGGUGAAUGAUGUACUAUUUAUAUGUUGAAUUGGAAACCCAUGUCUAAUAAAGUAGAGAACCAUCAUAAAA